CGAGGGGUGACCCCCAGCCUGGACUUGUUCUUCCAGAGCUUCAACCUCUGUCGAGGGGGUCACGCGAAUGCCGAGGGCUUCGCCAACCUGCAGCAGGUGGCCAGGUGGAAGCUGUUUACGGAGGCGCCUUCGUCCAAUAAGGGCUGGAAGGAGCGCUGGUGCUAUGUCAGGGUUGCUGAGAACCCAUUUCCGGCGGAACUUCGGGAUCGCUUCCGUCGGCAUCCGAAGGUUGGAAGCGCCGCCCUCGAAAAAGAUGGCCUGGUGAUAGCCAAAAUCCCGGAGGGUCGCACAAAGCAGGUCUCCAUCAAAGACUAUACUGCCGACAAGGGAUUCUACGCCCUCGGCUUUCGGAGAUACCGAUUUAUUGGGGAAGCGGACGAGAAGUACCCCAUUUUUGUUGAGGCCUUCGGGGGAACAGGAGGUAGUCUACGAGGUCCCUCGGUUUUCAUAUCUUAGCACAUAGCUUAUUUUGUUCGUGUUUUUUUUAUUCUUUGUGCCUUCGGUCAGUAACCCCUCGAUUUUGACCCCAUACCUUUUUGUUUGCAGGUGUCCCAUUGAAAAUGAUGAACGUCAGAGGCCUUGCAGACCUGAAGAAGAAAAAACCCUCCAAGGGCCCGAGGGGGACGGACGCCGGUGUCCUAAAACCCGCCGGUGACUUCUUCAAAAAACCGGAGGGGCCGUCGGUGGGCCCAAGUGCUGAUGCUGCCGCUGCCGCCAAAAGGAAGGGCUCGGGCAGAGAUCCCGAGGGCAAGAAGCCCAAGACCGGGGAUGCCGGGAAGAAAGUCCCCCCGGUUAUCAUUGUUGAUGAAGGCCCUGCCUCCGGGGCGAAUGAGGACAUGCAGGUGGCGAAAGUGCCGCCGGGAGUUCAGGGGCCAUCUUCCGAGGUCCUCAUUCUUUCCCUCUCGGCUGGUACGGCCGUGAUGAACGGUACGGCCGACCCGAGGGCGCUUCUGAGAGGCAUCACCCUCGAGAUUGACAGAGUAGCCCUCGGGGCUGAUGAAGACGAAGCCCUCGAGGACAGGAUCCUCCGGUCUUCCCUCACAACCUGCAUUGCCCUCGGGGAGCAAGCCCGGCGGCUAGAUGAGUGGCGCCUUCGCAAGGCCGAGCAGGAGGCCAAGAUGCGGGAGCUCAUCCGCCAGAAUGCAGACGCUGUUCGAUAGAUGGCUAUGCUGGAGGAGAGCCUUCGGCAGAUGACCCUGCGGGCGGAGGCCGCAGAUCGGGGUAGGGCAGAAGCCGAGAGGUCCGCAGCUGAGGCCUUGGAGAGAGCUGUCAAGGAAGCCGAGGCCGCGAAGGUGGAAGCCGUCGAGAGAGCCCGAGGGGACGCAAUCUCGGGGUUCUUGGCAGGGGGGUGGCGGUCCGAGGAACACAAGCAAUGGCUGUCCUCGGUCGUCGAGUCCUCGGUCGACGAGUGGUGUGAUGGGCCUGGCGUGGAGUGGGUUUCCCGAAAGGGUAAACAAUACUAUGAUGGGGGCGAGUUUUUCACUCAAGCCCUCAUCUACCGGAGGAUGGCUCGCCACCUGAAGAUCGAGCCAAAGGACUUUGACCCGGCAGCAUACGGGCUCCCCCCUGCAGCCAGACAUCCGCGUUCCUCUUCCCCCCGAUGUCGAGAGGCCAGACCUGGAGGACUCUGAGCUCAUGAAGGAAGCCGAGGGCGACGAACCUGAGGCCGACGCAGAAGUCUCCUCGAAGCCAUCGGGGGAGGCGGCCCCCGGGAAUGACAUUAUUUGAUAUGUAUUUUGUAUUAUGUAAACAUGUAUUUGUAAUGGUGACAUUAUUCAUCCUUCGGCUUCGGCCCGCUUGUAACAUUUAUUCGUAUUACAUUUGCCCUCUGUUUGUUGAUGAUUGAAUGAUUGCCUUCGGGCUGUGUUUAUAUGACUUGUUUUCUCCAAUUCCUUUCUUCUUGAAUGUAUGCCUCCGUUUUCCUUGAGUGUAUGUUUUAGGACUUAGAGUAUUUUCUGAUUGUAGCUUGCCCCUGGAAGCCUUCGGUAGUUGGGCACCCUCUGCUGGAUAUGCAACUGAGGGUUCAGCAGCAAUUAGGACUUAGAAAUUUUUCCUAAGUGUAGCACAGCAUGAGGCCUUCGGGCGUCAGUAGUAACCCAAAUCCUAGGACUUAGAAAAAUUUCUAAGUGUAGAUUUCCCCUUGAGAGCCUUCGGGAUAUGGCAUCCCUUCCUGAUGUGUGAUUGUUGGACCGAGGGCCCAAUGUACAGGACUUAGAAUUUUUUUGCAAGUGUAGUACGUCACGUAGCCUUCGGCUACUGUGGAGCCUCAACUGAAAUAUUGAGUAGGCCGGGGGCCAAUUCUUU